CAAAACAAUUAUAAUACAACUAAACUUUGUGGUCCGUACGAUGGGGGCUGAGACUUGAGACUGGGAGGCUGAGUGGCCACGACAAACGUACAGAUUACAGCUGGUGGUGGUGGCGGUGGCGGAAGUUGGUAGUGGUUUUCACUCUCCGUGGUCCGUCUUUCCGGGACCGUGACUAGUAGUGGGCGAACAGUGCUUCACCUGCGCACGCUAGCAUCCACUCACUUCACCCACCCCUUCGCUCUUUACUCUCCGCACCCACCCACACAGCCACCAAUAAUGUUAGCCACCUUUUCACUCUUCUACUUUCUCUCUCUCUAUCUCUUCCGCUUCCUUCCCUAUCCUACGCCUAUCCUGUCCUUAUCCUACACCCUUAUCAUUCAUGUCCACCGCCUCUCCACCAUCACCAUCACCAUCACCACCACCUCUUCCUCAACCCACUACUCGCAAGUUCCCACUUCCUUGCUGGACCCAAGACGAGACCCACGUCCUCAUUGAAGCCUACAGAGACAGAUGGUACGCUCUCCGCCGCCGCAGCCUCCGUGCUCUCGAUUGGGAUGCCAUAUCCGCCAUUGUUGCUCGUCGUUGCCCUUUGACUUUGCCUCCCAAAUCUUCCAUCCAGUGCCGCCAUAAGAUGGAGAAGCUUCGCAAGCGUUACAAGACGGAGAAGCAACGGUCUGUUGCAAACCCAGGUCGGUUUUUCUCCUCCUGGGUUCUCUUUCAACUUAUGGAGUCUUUGGAAAAUGGGUCUUCGUUCUCGGGGCUUGGAGCUCACCCGGAUCAAGGUGUUGAUUUUGGUGGUGGGAUUUCUAUGGAAACUUUUCCUGCCAAGAAGAGUGUGAAGAUUGAGAAGAAUUCUGAACAUUAUUUUGAUUCUGGUCGUGAUUCUGGAACUGGGUUUGCCGUAAAAACUCAAUUUCUUCAUCAGAAUUUGAUCCCUCAAGCGUGCGAGUUAAAGGGUGACAGGAAUUUGGUGCCUCCAGGCUUUAGGCCAAAUGUUAAUGGGGCAACUGGGAGGAAUUUUUAUCCCGAAUUUAAAUCAGAUCAUAGCUAUGAGGUUAAUGGAGGGGGUAGAUCUCAUGCCAAGGUCUUCAGCAAUCGGGAUUUUGCGCAUCCUGGAUUUAGAUCAAGGAAGCAUGAUAAUGUGGAUAGGAUUGCAGACAAUGGAGUUGAUUUUGGAGAAUCGAAAGGGUAUUCAUCUUUGUUGAGAUCAGGAGAUGCAAAGAAGAAAUGUGGUGUUGGAAAUAAGAGAAAAGUGGAUGCAGUUGCGGAGAUGAUUUCGUCUAUUAAGAUGAUGGGAGAAGAGUUUAUGAAGGUGGAGAUGAUGAAGAUGGAAAUGGCCAGGGAGAUUGAGAAGAUGAGAAUGGAGAUGGAGAUGAAGCGAUAUAAGUUCAUGGUCGAAUCACAGCAGCAGAUUGUGGAUGCAUUUGCGAAUGCAUUAUCUGAAAAGAAGAAGAAGAAAACAAAGGUGAAGGUGGAGUUACCUGAUGGUUAAAGGAACUGGUGUGGCUGUUAUCUCUUUGAGUUUUGUUGCUAAUUUUUAGCUGGAUAAUGGGGAAACUAGGGAGAUCCUUCCUCCUUUUUGGUUAGUGCUAAGUGGCAAUGGUAUAUAAUGAUGAUGUGUCUUGAAGGUUGAAAAUCUAUUGGCUUGUCAAGCUGAUAUAUUUUUGGGACUAACUAAUAUUCAUGCUUUUAAUCAAUGUAGUAGGUAAAUUUCUGCUUAAUUCUCCUUACGACUAAUUCAUGUUAAAAAUGUUUGAUGUUAGACAUAUUGAUUUGUUUAUUGUUGAUAGUUGGCUUUGGAAGCAUUAAUGCUCGAGUGACUUUUGAAUGUAUAUGUUAUGUUUGCUGUGGUAUUGAAAUUCUUUUUGGGUUAAUCUUC